CUUCUUUGGUGUUGAAAAGCUUCUUCCCUAAUCUCUUCCAAACAAACACACGCUCCGUUACGUUUUCUCUUUUUACAAAGCCAAAAGCCGAAAAGCUCAUCCAGCAAAAGCUGAUUUAGGAUUUCGAUUUAUAAUUCUCUCUGCGAUUCAACAAGCGUUAAUGAUGACUUGUGCGAGCGGCGAUGACAAUGACAGUGACAAGGACAAGGACAAGGACUCGGAGUCUUUCGUCGAGGUUGAUCCGACAGGUAGAUACGGUCGGUACGGCGAACUUCUCGGCUCAGGCGCCGUCAAGAAAGUCUACAGAGCUUUUGACCAAGAAGAAGGCAUUGAAGUGGCUUGGAACCAAGUUAAACUUGGUUGUUUUUCCGACGAUCCAGCCAUGACCGAGAGGCUUUACUCGGAAGUCAGGUUGCUUAAGAACCUUAAGAACAGUAACAUCAUCUCCCUGUAUAAGGUGUGGCGAGACGAUAAAAGCAACACCUUGAACUUCAUCACCGAGAUCUGUACCUCCGGGAACCUGAGAGAGUACCGGAAGAAGCACAGGCACGUCUCUAUGAGAGCUUUGAAGAAGUGGUCAAAACAGAUUCUCAAAGGCUUGGAUUAUCUCCACACUCACGACCCUUGCAUCAUCCACAGAGAUCUCAACUGCAGCAAUAUCUUCGUCAAUGGCAACAUCGGCCAGGUCAAGAUUGGAGAUUUGGGUUUGGCAGCAAUCGUGGGGAAGAACCAUUUAGCUCACUCGAUCCUGGGGACACCAGAGUUCAUGGCUCCUGAGCUAUACGAAGAGAACUACACGGAGAUGGUUGACAUAUACUCGUAUGGAAUGUGCGUGUUGGAGCUUGUGGCACUCGAGAUUCCAUAUAGCGAAUGUGAUAGCGUCGCCAAGAUAUAUAAAAGGGUGAGCAGUGGCCUCAAACCAGAGGCACUGAAGAAAGUAAAUGAUCCAGAAGCUAAGGCCUUUAUUGAAAAAUGCAUCGCGCAGCCGAGAGCUAGACCUUCUGCAGCUGAGCUCCUGUGUGACCCGUUCUUUGAUGGUAUAGUACUAGAAGAUGAUGACGAAGACGCCGGAAACAAUGACAAUGAUGGAGCUGGUCGUAUUGUUUCUUAGAUGAUUUGUAUACAAUAUGAAUGAAUGACCCCCCUUUGCUUAAUUAUUUGUCCAAUUAGUUUGGGCUGUAUUUUUUAUAUUUAAGCAUUGGUUCAUUAUAUUUCCUUCCAACUUUUAUUUGUUUGUUUGUACAUAACUUUUUGGUUCGACAUGGAAAUACGUAUAACAUUUUUUUCC